AUCCAAGUUGAACAGAUAUGGCACAAACUCAAGCUUGUUAUGAUCGAAUUUCCCGUUCCCUUUCUCAAAAAAUGGUGGAAGAAAGGGAAAUGAAAUGGAAUGUAAGGCAUCUAAAGUACCAAGAAGAGUUGAUAAAAGAAGAAGUAAAAUUGGUAGUGGAGAAGUUAAAUAAGCUUCAGCUAUGUCUAGACAAGCUCUCUUUUACAAACACUGCCUACAAAACUACUUCAUUCCUAUCAGCUGGUGAGCUUGACAAGCAGAAAUUACAGUUCUUACUCCGACAUGGAAGCAAAAAUAUGGCUAAGGAGAAGAAGCUAUUAAGGGAUAUCAAUACAAGCCAGAAGAGUAAACAAGCUGGAACAACCCUUGAUGAACUUGAAGCUCCUGUACACAAACUUAAACUCCUUCCCUUUAAAUUUCUUUGUUGGAUCAUCAGUAUUAAUAUUUUCCUUUUGAUUUUCUCGGAAUCCAAACAGAUUAAGAACUUGGAUGAACAGAUUAAGAACUCUCGUAUGCAUUUAUAUAGAACAGAUUUUGAAGAGAUUUACAGAGAAAAGAAAGUGCAUGAAAUGGAGAAAGAGACGGCUGUGGCCAAUGCUGGUGUGGGUGGAAGGCUGUGGAGCUCUUUGGGAUCAAAGAAACAUGUUCAACGACAAGUUCAAAUUUUGUAUGAGGAAUUAGAUGAGUUGAGGUUGAAGCAAGUUGAAAUUAGGGAUGGAGGUAGGUUUGUGGAGAAGAAGUUGGGAUGGAUUGAAAAACAAAUUGUGUUUUUACGGACACAGAUAGAGUCGAUACGACAUGUAUGACAUGACGGUAAAGUGUGGAAUACUUCGUUUAAAAUAGUUUAUAAAUGAUGUCAUGAACUUAACCCGUUUGAAAAUAACGAGAAGAAUAACACAAUUUCUAGAUUUACGUAAGAGUUACAAAAUAAACAUAAAUGCAGCUACUCUAACACUAGCUCCAUGGUUCGUCACGACGUUGCUGUCAUCUGUAUAGAAACGUCUUGCCUUUACCUAAAAUGUAAGAGUAGCACAUGACUAGAGUAUUUUAAGAAAAUCACUCCACGACGGGUAUUGCGGAAUGCAAACACAUGCAACAUGGUGGGACCUAUCAUUUGAAACAUCAUUUCAUUUCUUCAGACCGCUUUUCAGUAUGGGCUAAGUUGGAUGUGUAGUAUUUCUGUACACACGACCCACAUAUGCGACCAUGGCUAAGUUGGAUGGGUUUGCACAC